UCAAACACAUUUCCUUUUCAUUUCGCCAUCUUCUCCUUUCUAGCUGGCCCUCACUCCACAUAAUCUCAGCCGCCUAUUUUCAUGCCAACCUCUAUACAUACGUGCACGCCCAGUUCCUCUCCCAAACAUUAUCUACACUACUUUCUUGCUCUUUUUCCUGAUUGUGUUUCUGAUCAUCUUCAUAUAUCAUUUUAGUUAUAGCAUACAUAUAUACAGAUAAAUAUCAUUCUAUUUCCAGUGGCGCAACGUAACGAUGGCUUGUUUAAACAUUAGCAAAGAGGAUAAGGCGAGGGAGACAAUUCGGAAAGAAGAGGAGAUUUACACCUGUGAUGGAACCGUGAACCGACAUGGACAUCCAGCAAUGAGAGACAAGACUGGAAGAUGGUUUGCUGGAAUUCUCAUACUAGUGAAUCAGGGGCUAGCAACGUUAGCAUUCUUUGGAGUGGGAGUAAACCUGGUACUGUUUCUGACAAGAGUGUUGGGCCAAGACAACGCUGAUGCUGCAAACAAUGUGAGCAAAUGGACAGGAACAGUUUACAUCUUCUCCCUAUUGGGAGCCUUCCUCAGCGAUUCUUAUUGGGGCAGGUAUAAGACCUGCGCCAUCUUCCAGUUCAUCUUUGUCCUUGGCUUGGUGUCAUCGUCCUUGUCUUCCUACAUAUUCUUAUUUAAACCCAAAGGAUGUGGAAAGGAACAAGUUCCAUGUGGAUCCCACUCAUCUUUGCAUAUUGGGCUCUUCUACCUCUCCAUCUACCUUAUUGCCCUAGGAAAUGGUGGAUACCAGCCUAACAUAGCUACCUUCGGGGCUGAUCAGUUUGAUGAAGAGGACCGGGAAGAAGGUCACUCCAAGAUAGCCUUCUUCAGCUACUUCUAUUUGGCUCUGAAUCUGGGCUCUCUUUUUUCAAACACUAUAUUAGGCUACUUCGAGGACCAAGGGAUGUGGGCCCUGGGAUUUUGGGCAUCAACUGCUUCUGCUGUUUUGGCAUUGGUCUUGUUUCUUAGCGGGACUCCUAGGUAUAGACAUUUUAAACCCAAAGGCAAUCCUCUCUCUAGGGUUUGUCAAGUGGUGGUUGCCGCAACAAGGAAAUGGAAAAUUCAGAGAUUGCAAAAUCAGGAGGAGGAUCUGUUUGGUUUGACAGACAGGAGAAAAGAGCCUUUCCAACCCCAAGAUAUAGAUCGAAAGAUACUGCACACCAACGAAUUCAGAUUUUUAGACCGAGCAGCCCUUAUCACACCCGAAGAUUAUUCUAAGGAUGGGGAGCACAACAUGAAUCCGUGGCGUCUUUGCACAGUUACUCAGGUGGAAGAGGUUAAAUGCAUACUGAGGCUUCUCCCAAUUUGGCUAUGCACAAUUCUUUACUCUGUAGUAUUCACUCAAAUGGCAUCGCUGUUUGUGGAACAAGGCGCUGCUAUGAAAACGACCAUUUCAAGCUUCCAUAUCCCUCCUGCAAGCAUGUCUAGUUUUGACAUCAUCAGUGUUGCAAUGUUUAUAUUCAUAUAUAGGCGAGUUCUGGAUCCACUGGUGGCCAGACUAAGGAAGGACCCAAGAGGACUCACUGAGCUUCAGAGAAUGGGAAUCGGUCUGGUUAUUGCAAUAAUGGCAAUGGUCUCAGCGGGGGUUGUAGAGCUAUUCAGGUUGAAAUACGCACAUAUACAAAAAAGGACAGAUUGUACAAGUGCGUGCCAAAGUGAGAGUUCUUUAAGCAUAUUUUGGCAAAUUCCUCAGUAUGUACUGAUAGGAGCGUCUGAGGUGUUCAUGUACGUGGGUCAACUAGAAUUCUUUAAUGGGCAAGCACCUGACGGAUUAAAAAGCUUCGGGAGCGCAUUGUGCAUGACCUCCAUAUCUCUAGGGAACUACGUCAGCAGCUUGCUAGUCGCCAUUGUCAUGAAAAUCUCUACUACGGAUGACAUGCCAGGAUGGAUACCAGGAAACCUUAACAAAGGUCACCUUGAUAGAUUUUACUUUCUGUUAGCGGCUCUCACAAGCGCAGAUUUCAUCGUCUACAUUUUAUGUGCAAAAUGGUACAAGUACAUCAAGUUCCAGUGCAAGGCUGGAAAGCUAGACGACAACACUGAAGUUUGAUCCAUAUUUUUUUAUAUAAAUUUUUAUCUGUGUCUUGUCAAUUAGCAUGAAACUGAAGGAGUGGGUUUAGGGUUGAGCAGUACAGGGAUUCCAUAAGUUGCUCAAUUUGAGUAUUGAUCGAUUAAUUAAUUGUUUAACACUCAAACUCCACCACAAUAACUUGGUUAUAAAUCACAUCGUCGCGGACCUUUUGUUGAA